UUCACAUGAUCUUUCUCUUAUCUGGAACUUCGCUGUCAUCUGAAUCUGAUACCCAACUUCAACUUUCAUUCGUCGCCCACCUUCCUUCCUUCUUCCCUCAGUUCCUCUCUCUAAGACCCUUUCCCAUGGCCACACGCGCAACCCACGUCCCUAUAUAUAAUAAGCAUUCCCCCCCGUCCAAAAGCCAAAUUACACCAGGUGCGUACAUACUGCGUAGCUGUCUGUUUUGCCGGUAUCAAACGACUGAGAGAUGGCAACGCGAGACGGGGCCGUGGUGUUCGAGGAUUUCUUCCCGGUGAUGGUGGCGAGGCUGGGGGCGCGGGGUUUCAUGGAGGAGCUGAGCAAAGGGUUCCGCCUCUUGAUGGACAAGGAGAAAGGGGUGAUCACUCUGGAGAGCUUGAGGAGGAACGCGGGCAUGCUGGGGUUGAGGGGCAUGAGCGACGAGGACGUGAGAUCGAUGCUGAGGGAAGGCGAUCUGGACGGGGAUGGGAGUUUGAGCGAGAGGGAGUUUUGCGUGCUCAUGUUCAGAUUGAGCCCUGGCUUGAUGAAGGGUUCCAAGGAAAUGUUAGAGGAAGAAUCCACUGAUUCUCGCUUUUGAUUGCCUUGUUACUACCGGUCUACUCUUUCCUCCUUUUUAUACAAUUUGGGGAUAGUGUGUCCCGAUAGCGCUUUAUU